UUUAGUUGAACGUUUCAGCUUACAGUUUCAUUAGCAACAGAUGUUCUAUAAAAAGACUUGUUUUUAAAACAAUUCCAAACUUCUUGUAGAGCCAUUAUCGUAUGUUGAAUUCUGGGUUGCUGUGGUGACUAGAAGCAUCUUCUAUAUAAUUAAUUCUCUUCGCCGGCAUGCGUGUCCUGAAUUUGGUGGCGGAACUCUCGCGACACAUUGCGAGAGUUCUGCUGCCAAAGGGCAAGAGUUGCGGGCAAGAAAAAAUGGCAGCGGGUGGUAGCGGCGGGCCACAAAAUGGCCUGAGGAGGCCGGCUCAGCUGACUGCUGGGAGACGGCGGGACGGCCUGGCUAGGUCAGGCUGUCCCGGGUGAGGAGGAGGCGGUGGCCCAGCUUGGCCUGGCUGCGGGAGCGGGAGGCAGCGGCAGUAGGACAGCCAGAGUAGGUGCCGGUGAGAGGGGUGAGUGGGAAACGGGAGGUGGCACGAAGCCCUGACUCCCGUUGGAGGCUGAUGUGGGAGGGAAACGGGUGGCAGGACUUUGCCGCCCAGGAGGAGGUUCCCUGUUUCCCACCCGCUGAGGGGCGACAGAAGAAGGCCCGGCUCCUUGAAAACGGUGAAGGGUCCAAGGAUUCAGACAGCUCAGCAGGCCGUCGGGGCAGCUUGAGCCGGAAGCAUGGGCGGUGGAGGGCUCGCCCAGACAAUCCUGGAGUUCUGGUGGCCAAGGUGGUGAGAGCUGUCACAGUGAAGCACAAACCUGGGCGCAGGUUGCCAGUCUACCUGGAUUCCUCAAGUCGAAGGAACCUGACGGAGCUCAGAGGAGAUGCCCAGCUGGCAGUGUUUCAGCAUGGGGACACAGGCAGUGUGGAAGGGGCACCGCAGCCCACAGAGAACAACUUCAUUCCCAAGUGUGAGAUCACGGGCAAGGAUGCACUCUCUGCAUUAGCCAGAGCCAGCAGUAAGCAGUGUCAGCAGGAGAUUGCCAAUGUGGUCUGCCUGCACCAAGGGGGGAACCUCAUGCCACGCUCUGUGCCCCGGCAGUGCCAGCUCUCAGGGAAGGUCAGCCCUGUGAUCCAGUGGGAUGAGAGCAGGGUGCUCCAGGCGUCUGUCAGCAAGCCAGUUCGCAUUGCCUACAUGUUGGUAGUUCACGGCCGAGCCAUCCGCCAGCUGAAGCGCCUCAUCAAGGCUGUGUAUCACCAGCAACAUUUCUUCUACAUCCACGUGGACAAACGCUCCACUUACCUGCACCGUGAAGUGGUGGAGCUGGCCCAGCACUAUCCCAACAUCCGGGUCACACCUUGGCGCAUGGUCACUAUUUGGGGCGGAGCCAGCUUACUGAAGAUGUACCUGCGCAGCAUGAAGGAUCUGCUGGAAGUGACAGACUGGGCCUGGGACUAUUUCAUCAACCUGAGUGCCACAGACUACCCUACCAGGACCAACGAGGAGCUGGUGAUGUUCCUUUCCAAGUAUCGAGACAAGAACUUCCUAAAAUCUCAUGGCAGAGAUAAUGCCAGGUUCAUCAAGAAGCAGGGCCUGGACAGACUUUUCCAUGAAUGCGACUCCCAUAUGUGGCGGUUGGGCGAACGGCAGAUCCCUGAGGGCAUUGUGGUGGAUGGCGGCUCUGAUUGGUUCGCUCUCACUCGCAGCUUUGUGGAAUAUGUGGCCUACACCAGUGACCGAUUGGUGUCCCAACUGCGGCAGUUCUACACGUAUACACUUCUCCCAGCAGAGUCCUUUUUCCACACUGUCCUGGAGAACAGCCAUGCCUGCGAGACCCUUGUAGACAACAACCUCCGGGUGACAAACUGGAACCGCAAGCUGGGUUGCAAAUGCCAGUACAAGCACAUUGUGGACUGGUGCGGCUGCUCACCGAAUGACUUCAAGCCACAGGACUUCUUGCGACUGCAGCAACUUUCCAGACCCACGUUCUUUGCCAGGAAGUUUGAAUCAACUAUCAAUCAGGAGGUGCUGGAGAUCCUGGAUUCUCAUCUCUAUGGUAACUACCCACCUAACACGCCAGCCCUCAAGGCCUAUUGGGAAAGUGUCUAUGACCGCGUGGAUGGGCUGAGUGGGCUCAACGACGUCACCCUGACUGUCUACACAUCCUUCUCCAGGCUGGGGCUACAGAAAGAGACCUUUACCCCGGUGCAGAAUGAUGAGAGGCUUUGCAGAUUUGAGCCACAGGGCUUCCCAUCCAGUGUGCAUCUGUAUUUCUAUGAUGACCAUUUCCAGGGUUACUUGGUGACUCAGGAGGUACAAAACCUUAUAACGCAACAGAUGGAAUCCCUGGAAAUGUGGAUGAUGCCCCGUGGGACACUCAAACUAGCAGGUCAUGGUAGACAAAGUAACCGUUUACAGAACCUUGAGGUAGGGACUGAAUGGGACCCUAAGGAGAGGAUCUUCCGCAACUUUGGUGGCCUGAUUGGGCCUUUUGAUGAGCCAGUGGCCAUGCAGAAGUGGUCACGGGGACCCAACCUCACAGCCACUGUCGUUUGGAUUGACCCCACCUAUAUUGUUGCCACAUCCUAUGACAUCACAGUGGAUGCAGAAGCAGAGUUUACACAGUACAAGCCCCCCCUCAACCGGCCUCUUCGCCCUGGUGUGUGGACCAUCCGCCUCCUGCAGUUCUGGGAGCUCCUGGGAGAGAGCCGUUUCCUGGUGGUUCCACAGACUUUCAACCGCAAGCAGCCUCUCAAGAAAGAUGACGGCAAGUGGCUCCACGCUGGACCUCCCCGCAAUGAGUACAUGGAGCAGAAUUUCCAGGGCCUGGCUGGCAUCUUGAGCCUCCCGCGUUUGGACAAAGCCGAAAAAGCCGCCCAUCAGCACACACAGCUAGUGGGCAAGGCGCUAGAGAACUGGACAGACAGCACUGUCAGCAACUUCUGGUCAGUGGCUGGCCUGUGUGUGGCAAGCCCCUCCAGCUGCUCCACCCUGGAGCUCUGUAGCAAAACCUCUUGGAGUUCGCUGUCCCCAGACCCCAAAUCAGAACUUGGAGCCAUCAAGCCUGAUGGACGGCUGAGGUAGCAGGGGCAGCCGGCAGCACAUUGUUGGGAGCAAGGAAGCAUCCCCCACAGCGGGUGUGGGAUGGGCAUACGUACCCCUCCUCGCCAUAGGGGAAACUCUCGACUGCAUCAUCCUGUGACAAUGCACCUUAUUCACGUGGCCAAACAUGAGAGAGGAAUCUUAAAGCAGAAAACAAUCUAAUUUGUUGGUGGUGCUAAGAUGAUGUGAAGAUGGAGGUCCCGCACACCAUUCUCAGGAUUGGUCAGAGAGAACACGUGGAUGGGAGGAGCUUUGUAUUUGUGAAUCCAGGCACUGGAAACUCUCUAGUCUUGGCAGGUAAGCUGCCAGCUUCCUGGCUCCAGCACGCUCUUCCCAACCACGGACAAUGCUCUGCAAAAUCAGGACUCUUUGUUCCCAAAUGGUUGCUGGCAGAGGAUUCUGGGAAACAGUGGGGUAGGGUAGAUGGGGCAUGCAGGAGGCCAGGCUUACUGUGUGUCCUUGGAGCUGCUGGUCCUGGUUUGUUUCUCAUCCUUCUACCCCAUCCUUUUAGUUCUUUUUUUAAAAAAAUUAAAUAAAUGUGUAUGUGUGUGUAUAUAUAUAUAUAAAACAAAGUGCAAUAGAGACCACAGUCAUUCCCCUCCCCCUCCACUUCUGAGGGGAGCAACUCAGUGUCUCCAUUUUCUCCCUUAACACUUUAACAUACCUUGUCCUCGUUGGUGAUUCUGUAGGGAUGGGAAGAGGGUGGAGUACUUUGUCCUCUCCUAUCAGUACUGGGUGCCUGAAUCUUAUGCUGACCCUUGAUAAUGAGUUUCUCUCUUUGUCCAACAUGGAGCUGUCUCCCCUUAGACACAAGUAAGGAGGAAAUAGGGCCUCCUUGGCAGCUGUGCCAAGGCUCCCCUUUGGUGGGGUUGCCAGUUGUGCCAAACCUAUGUACCUGCUACUUGUACAGUAUCUCAGACCCCACUUUUCCUGUUCCCUUUUUAGCCUGAAAUCUGGCUAUGUUUGUACAUUGGUGGCAGCUCACAGAGCAAGGUAAAUGUUCCUAUGUGUCCCAUCCAAAAGGUGUCAUGCCAGGUAGUGUGGUUGUCUGAGGCUAAGCACUAAAUCCCAUCAUUUGCUUUCAGGAUGAAUCCUCUUGUCAUUGGAUUCCUGGAAACCCACUGUCUAUUUCUCUGCACCUGCUCCACCUGUCACAGUGAAUAAUCAACCUUGACCCUAUCUUCCCAGUCUGCCAGUCACUGUGGUGGUGUUGGGUUUUUUCCAGUCUUAACAUGUUCAGUCGGUCGGUCAGUCAGUCUCAUUUGUGUCCCUCCCCACGAACAGUCACACCUUCAGUGAAGAAUCUAGCCCUAUGAAAUGGCCUGCCUUCCAGGCAGAAACAGUGUUCCCAUCCAUGGAAAGUGAUCCUAUUCUGUGCUGAAUGUGUUCCCAUGUCUUAUUGUAUUUCUUAGUCUGAUUGGAUCAUUCAGGUGCACUCCAGUUAUUGAGUGAACCACCCCCAGUUGAACUGGGGACAGCAGUAUCUGGGGCUCAUUGUCUUUUUCCUAAUGGUGGUUAUGAAACAAGUGUUAAGACAAAAUUGUCUCCCUUGGGAUAUCCUUCCCCCGCCCUUGUUCUUCUUAUGUGUGCCAUAUCAAAGUUCAGGGAGAACACAGGGAAGAAUUGUUGAUGCUGUCUCUGCAAAAGAACUUUUGGGAAUUGCUAUUUUUUUUCCAGCUCAGAUGGACCUGCGGUUCAGAGUUUUGACACAGACCUGACAAAAUUUUAAGAGCAUUCUGAUCUCGGGGUCUGGUUUGAGCCUUUCAAGAGAGAGAGUUUCCCUGCAUUUCUUCAAAACCUCUGGAUCAGAAGUGCAGAUCACAAGUGAUGUCUGGUUCCAAAGUCCUUUGAUUUUGAGAGGCUUAUAGUGGUGCUAAAAAGAACUGGACUGUGAAGGUCUCUGUCAGAAUGGGUUGCCAGACUCGUAUUACAAAUGGAGAAAAAGUCUGAUCCUUCUCUGGUGUUAACUCCUAACAGGACCAGUUCUUCCCACCUCUGGGCACACCUACUCUGUUUCUAGUUAUGGGGUGGGAUGAAGGGCGAGAGCAUCUUUAGCCUGGAACAUGGACAUGUGACCUGCGUUUUGUACACUGAACCAUGGGGAGAACUCAGGAGGGCUUGAGUGGAAACCUGUUCCAAAGACUGAGUGCCGAAAGCUUUCUGUGGGAAGCAUCAUGUAAAGUUGUCUUAAAUAUGCAACACAAAUAUAUCUAUAUCUCUA